UCACAAAGCGCUACAGAUUUACAAGUGACUGGUUCGUGGGGUAGUAAAAUGUCUGAGCGCAGCUUACGUGUGCAGCAACUACAAAAGUGGUGGGAAACAGCGGGCUAAAAGGGGAGUCUUCACAGCAUCGCUAGGCCAAACAGGUCCGGUUUUCCAGACAACGAAAAAGCUAAUCAAAGUUACUGCCAGAUCACGCGUUUGAGCUAUAAUAUAGCCAUUCUACCAAUCGUGGGCGUAGCCUUGGAUCAAGAGACGUGGCUUUUUACGCAAACAUGUUGACGUUGACGAGGCUGUUGGUCGUGCUGUGGUCAAUAACCAACGCGAGCGUGCUGUCGGACAGCACCGUGACAGUGCCCACUGAAACACCCUCGAGCUGCAACUCGGCAGACUGUCCUUGCCUUCCCGGAAUCCCCGGUGUGCCGGGCAUCCCAGCAGUGCCUGCUCCCCCGGGAGUGAUGGGGCCCAAGGGGGAUCCUGGGGCUCCUGGAGAGAAAGGCAACACCGGAUCGAAGGGAGACAGAGGCUAUACUGGCGCACAGGGCGUCCGAGGACUUAUUGGAGACACAGGCCGUCAAGGAGAGCGAGGACCACGGGGAUUUCCUGGCCCCCAGGGGGAGGUUGGUCCCACUGGGUUCAAAGGUGUCUGUGAAAUGCCUCAAGUGGCCUUCACAGUAGGGAGAGUCACCAGAUACACUUCCAGUGGAGGUCCCCUGGCCUUUGACAAGACAAUAUUUAACGCAGGGGCAAAUUUCGACCUGUCCAACGGUACUUUCACGUGCAGCGUGCCCGGCGUUUACUCAUUCUCGUUUUCAGUCUUGAAAACGCCUGAGUCAAGGGAUCUUUAUGUGAGCCUGGUUAAAAACGAAGAAACCUCCGUGAAAGUGUAUGAAAAUACUUCUGGUUUCCAUCAGCUCAGCAGCGGAGCAGUGAUGGCGUUAGUGCCGGGUGACCAGGUCUACCUGGUAUUGCGCGGUCGGGUUCACGGCAACGAGGUCAGUUUCACCUCGUUCACUGGGUUUUUGCUGUACCCAAACUAGACACGCGGCGGUGUCCCGAUCUCGUUUGAAAAGAAGUCUCCCCGUUGCCUAAUUGACUCAAUCUUUAUCGGGACAAAGGUUCAAGACAGCGUAUAUUUUCUAAAGGUUCAUCGUCAACCCUCACCCCCACCCUCAACUAGUGUGGUAAUGUACCAUUUCGAAAUGGUUGGCGCUUUAAAUUCCGUUGAAAACAGUCAAUGUUGUUAUUAUUAUUAUUGUUAAAUUUAAUUUAUAUAACGCUCAUUUCAUUAAAAAAAUGUUCAGGAGUGCU